AUGGCGGCUAUAUGGUCGAUGGUGGAAGAACACAUGGCCAAACCUCAAGUGGUGUGUUCUGGUACCCAGAACGGCCUGAGCUCUACAGGAACCCACGAGAACCAGUAGAAGCUGAUCAGGGACAGAUACACUGGAUGUAAGAUCAUCAUGGGAAAUUUGGAGAUCACUCUAAUCGAGAAGGACUGGGACCUCUCAUUCCUUGGGACCAUCAGAGAGGUGACAGGCUACAUCCUGAUCGCCAUGAACCACUUCCGCCGGUUGCCACUGGAGCAUCUGCGUGUCAUCAGGGGAAACACACUCUAUGACAGCAGCUUCGCCCUCUCUGUCCUCUUAAACUACCCCAAGGAGGGUUCCAAUGGCCUGCAGCACCUAGGCCUCACACACUUGACCGAAAUUCUGGAGGGUGGUGUACAGAUCAUCAACAACAGGUUUCUUACUCAUGGUCCAUGGGUGAACUGGCAUGAUGUUGUCAGAAACGCCAGUGGCCCCAUAGACAUUCAAGACAAUGGAGAAAAAGGAUUAUGUCACCCUUCCUGUAUGGAGCAUUGUUGUUGGGGACCUGAUGAAGACCAGUGCCAGACCUUGACAAAGACGGUGUGUGCCCCCCAGUGUAAUGGUCGCUGCUUUGGGACGAGCCCCAGGGACUGCUGUCACAUAGAAUGUGCAGGGGGCUGUACGGGACCCCAAAACAUGAAUUGCUUUAUGAGUCCCCCACUCCUCUCUGCAUGCCGUCAUUUCAACGACACAGGGGCCUGUGUGCCACAGUGUCCCAAGACCCUGAUCUACAAUAAGAACUCCUACCAGAUGGAGACUAACCCUGACGCCAAGUAUCAGUAUGGGUCCAUCUGUGUAUCCCGCUGCCCUUCACACUUCGUGGUGGAUGGUAGCUCAUGUGUGAGUGGUUGUCCCCAUGAAAAAAAGGAGGUCGAGAGGAAAGGCCAGAGGCAGUGUGAGCCCUGUUCAGGACUUUGCCCCAAAGCCUGUGAGGGUACAGGAGGGGAAAACAGAGAGACGGUUGACUCCAGUAUCAUUGACAGCUUCAUUAACUGCACCAAAAUCCAGGGCAGUCUGCACUUCCUGAUCACAGGGAUUCUUGGCGAUGAAUUUAAAAAAAUCCCACCUCUGGAUUCUAAGAAACUACAGAUCUUCAGGACUGUCACAGAAAUAACAGACAUCUUAAACAUCCAGUCGUGGCCAAAGGAACUGAAAGAUCUAUCGGUCUUUUCCAAUCUCACUACAAUACAGGUGAGGUCCCUUUACAACAUUAAGAGGCGUUUCUCUCUGAUGGUAAUGAAGGUUCCUACCCUCACCUCUCUGGGCUUGAGCUCUCUUAGGGAGAUCAGUGACGGGAGUGUGUACCUCAGUCAGAACCCCAAGCUCUGCUAUUACCAUACCGUCGACUGGACUCGCCUGUUUGGCAACAGCAGCACCAAACUCAAUGACAUCAAACUUAACAGGCCUCUGAAAGAGUGUGUGGAGGAGGGGCAUGUGUGUGACCCAUUGUGUUCCGAGGCAGGCUGCUGGGGUCCAGGGCCGGACCAGUGUCUUUCCUGUAGGAACCAUAGUCGCCAUGGCACUUGUGUAUCCAACUGCAACUUUUACACUGGUGAGCCCAGGGAGUUUGAAGGGCCUCAAGCAGAGUGUGUAGCCUGUCACCUAGAGUGUAAACCACAGGAAGGAACACAGCACAGCUGCACUGGACCGGAAGCGAAUGAGUGUUUGGGGUGUGCCAGUGCGAAGGACGGACCUUUCUGCGUGCCAACCUGCCCCAGUGGUGUGAUCGAUGGAGAUAGGGGUCUCCUCUUCAAAUACCCCAACAAGGAGGGCAGCUGUGAACCCUGCCAACCCAACUGUACACAGGGGUGUUCAGGCCCAGGUCUGAAGGAUUGUUCAGAAGCAGCUAGACAAAUAAAUAGUCAUCAGAUAACUGGGAUAACGCUUGGAGUCCUGGCAGGUCUAAUCAUCUGCCUGGCUCUGUUCACGCUGGGUUUGCUGUAUCAUCGAGGCCAGGCCAUCCGCCGCAAAAGAGUCAUGAGGAGGUACUUUGAGAAUGGAGAGAGUUUUGAGCCAUUCGGUCCAGGAGAGAAGGGGGCUAUGUUCCAUGCUCGCAUCUUGAGGGCCCCAGAAUUAAGGAAGGUCAAAGCUCUGGGAUCUGGGGUGUUUGGAAGUGUACAUAAGGGCUUGUGGAUGCCGGAAGGAGAUUCAGUAAAAAUCCCUGUUGCCAUCAAGACCAUUCAGGAUCGCACUGACAGACAGACCUUCCAUGAUAUCACUGAUCACAUGCUGUCAAUGAGCAGUCUGGACCACCCCUACAUUGUGCGUCUCCUAGGUAUCUGUCCCGGUGCUUGUCUGCAGCUGGUUACCCAGAUCAGUCCCCAGGGGUCCUUACUUGAGCACAUAAGGCAGCAUAAGGAAAGCCUGGACCCCCAGCGCCUCCUCAACUGGUGUGUGCAGAUUGCCAAGGGCAUGUUCUACCUGGAGGAACACUGCAUUGUUCACAGAAACCUGGCUGCCAGGAAUGUCCUCCUGAAGAGUGACUACAUCGUCCAGAUCACCGACUACGGUGUUGCCAACCUCCUCUACCCUGACGACAAGAAAUGUGUCUAUAGUGAUGUCAAGACUUCAUUAAAAUGGAUGGCUCUGGAAAGUAUCCUGUUCCGGAGAUAUUCCCAUCAAAGUGAUGUUUGGAGUUAUGGUGUGACUGUGUGGGAGAUGAUGUCAAACGGGGCAGAGCCUUAUGCGUCCAUGCAGCCUCAUGAGGUGCCUGGUCUGUUGGAGAAGGGCGAACGUCUGUCCCAACCUCAUAUCUACACCAUAGAUGUUUAUAUGGUCAUGGUCAAGUGUUGGAUGAUUGAUGAGAAUAUCCGACCUACUUUCAAAGAACUUGCCAAUGAUUUUACUCGCAUGGCAGGAGACCCGCCUCGCUACCUUGUCAUCAAGUCAGAAGGAGCAGAGGCAUGGUCAGAAGAGAACAACCAAAGGGAAUCUGAGUUGUUUAUUCUGGAGGCGGUUUCGGAGGAUCAGGAGGUGGUGGAAUGCAGUCUGGCCAUGCUUCCCCUUCAACUGUCUCCAUCUGGAAGCCUGUCUCAUCUAAGAAUAAACUCCUACAGGAGUGGCAUCUCCCAGGCUGGACCAGUGGGGUAUCUGCCAAUGACACCUAGCCCAAGAGACAAUCCACGCCAGGUUAAAAACAACCAAACACUCAAGCAGACACACACGAAUACAAACACAAAAUCAGAGGAGCAGAGGAACCUUCAUCUCCAAUUGGGUCUUUUCACAUUAAACAUUAUUAUGACUGGGUUUUGACAAAAAUGUUUAGACUUUUGCCUUAGUACAUAUUUCAAAUCACGAGUCAAAUCAUAAUUUUACACUUGCUGAUUGGUAUUUGGUUGCCUUUGGGGGAAACCAUCAAUUUUUUUCUGCUCACUCAUUUGUCACUUUCAGCUGUGGUCCCUGCGCUCUCAUAUCAACUCGGUGAGAACA